AUGGACGACGGAACAGGGACCCCCAUCCGUCCCGCCACCAUCCUCGCGACGUCGGCCGACCUGACUGCAUCACCCGGCUCGUCAUCACCCAUGCAGGCCAUAGCACCAGCAGCGACUUUCACCCCGAACGGUGAUGCUACAGCGGCUGACUCUGUGACGAACGGUGUCUGUGUCUUCUCCGGGGGGACGGCAGCGAACUCACUCGUAGACGCCUUCCAAGCAGUGGCCAAGCACCUGUCGAGAGACGACAAGGGUGACACGACACGACAACGAGAGAACAAGCCACCAUGUUCGCUUACCUAUAUCAUCCCAAUUUCGGACAACGGCGGCAGCUCCUCUGAACUAAUUCGUUUCUUUGGAGGCCCGAGCGUGGGCGAUGUGCGAAGCCGCCUUGUACGUCUCAUCCCUUCGAGCGAUGACGAAGGAAACGAGAGGGGGGCUCUCCGAGCGCUGUUUGAGCACCGGCUUUGUGCAUCCGACCCCAACCAGGCGCGCACCGAGUGGCUGGAUCUCGUUGAGGCCCGUCACUUGCUGUGGACAUUUGUUCCCAGUGCGACGCGUGAGCUGAUCCGCGCCGUUCUCAAUACGCUCAACCUCGAGAUUGUGAAGCGGGCACGGCCCUCGACGUCCGUAUUCAACUUUGCCGGUGCCAGUGUUGGUAACCUGUUUCUAACUGGUGCUCGUCUGUUUUCGGGCUCUUUUGAAGCCGGCAUCUUCCUCCUAUCCCUGCUUUGCGGUAUCCCGGACCACGUUGCUGUACUGCCGGCAAUCAACUCCAACUUUACGCACCACAUUUCGGCCGGCCUCGUUGACGGGACGACGAUUGCUGGGCAGGUAAACAUCAGCCACCCAUCGUUGCCUACAGCUUUGCCGGAUGGAGGGCCGCCCACCGGGAACGCCACAGGUGGCGGUGGCGGCGGCGGUGAAAUGGAUGGCGCCGGAGAAGUCGAUGUGGGUCCAGCAGAUGGCCGUGUUCCUUCCGGGCCUGGCCCUGUCUUUCGCUCUGGCCUGAAGGCACGGAAACGUGCUAGCACGGCCGUUGACUUUGAGGACGCAACGUUGCCUGGAUCAUUGCCGGCGCUCCGGCAACCACAGAUUACCUUCAGCAAAGAGGACGAAGAGGAUCUACCUUCGCGCAUUUCCCGCAUUUGGUAUAUCAAUCCCUACGGACACGAGAUUCGGCCACAAGCCAACCCGAAAGCCCUCGCGGCACUGCAGAAGGCCGAGGCCAUCAUCUACAGCAUCGGAAGUCUCUACACCAGCAUCAUCCCGAGUCUUGUGCUGCGGGGUGUUGGAGCAGCAAUAGCACAUAAUGGCGACAAGGAAGACAGCAGCGAGCCGCCUCGAAAGAAGGUACUCAUCCUCAACAGCCGACUCGACCGUGAGACAGGACCGAGACACCAGGCGAUGACAGCUGUCGACUUUGUGCGUGCGAUUGUUGCGGCGUGCAAGCAGAGCCAGUCGGACUUCAGUCCAGUGCAGGACAGCGAGUGCCAUCGAUAUGUGACGCAUUUGGUCUAUCUGGAUUCGGCGCCGCACAUGGGCGGUUCAAGCUGCAGUGCCGCGCCAGAGGUGAACAAGGUAGCUCUAGGUCAUCUUGGGAUUCAGUGUCUCGCCGUUCUGACCCAGGCAAGCCAAGAGAACCAGGAUGUCAGAGACGGUGCCACUGUAGCGUCCAAGAAAGCCAUGGGGCGAUAUGACCAGGCGGCAUUGACGCAGACGCUGAAGAACCUUCUUGAUGGGUCUUGGGACCGGUAG